AUGGCCGAAAGUGGAGGUAUUGACCGUCGCGCCGACGAGAAGAUGGAGUUCUCAACCUCCAAAGAGGUCACCGUUCAUCCCACUUUCGAGUCCAUGUCGUUGAAGGAGAACCUCCUGCGGGGAAUUUAUGCUUAUGGCUAUGAGUCGCCCUCUGCCGUCCAGUCUCGUGCCAUUGUCCAGGUCUGCAAGGGUCGCGACACAAUUGCCCAGGCUCAGUCCGGUACCGGAAAGACGGCCACUUUCUCCAUCUCCAUGCUCCAGGUCAUCGAUACUGCCGUCCGUGAGACUCAGGCUCUCGUCUUGUCGCCUACCCGUGAGCUCGCAACCCAGAUCCAGUCAGUUGUCAUGGCUUUGGGCGACUACAUGAAUGUCCAAUGCCACGCUUGUAUCGGUGGCACCAACGUCGGCGAGGAUAUCAGAAAGCUUGACUAUGGCCAGCACAUUGUCUCCGGUACUCCUGGCCGCGUCGCCGACAUGAUUCGUCGCCGCCACUUGCGCACUCGUCACAUCAAGAUGCUCAUUCUCGACGAAGCCGACGAGCUCCUUAACCAGGGCUUCCGCGAGCAAAUCUAUGAUGUCUACCGAUAUCUCCCUCCCGCCACUCAGGUCGUCGUUGUCUCGGCUACUCUACCUUACGACGUGCUCGACAUGACUACAAAGUUCAUGACUGACCCCGUGCGCAUUCUCGUCAAGCGUGAUGAGUUGACUCUGGAGGGCCUCAAGCAGUACUUUAUCGCCGUCGAAAAGGAGGACUGGAAGUUCGACACUUUAUGCGACUUAUACGACACUCUCACCAUCACACAGGCCGUGAUCUUCUGCAACACUCGCAGAAAGGUCGAUUGGUUGACCGACAAGAUGCGUGAGGCCAAUUUUACCGUCAGCAGCAUGCACGGCGACAUGCCUCAGAAGGAACGAGACAGCAUCAUGCAGGACUUCAGACAGGGCAACAGCAGAGUUCUCAUCUCCACCGAUGUUUGGGCUCGUGGUAUUGAUGUCCAGCAAGUCAGCUUGGUCAUCAACUACGACUUGCCAAGCAACCGUGAGAACUACAUUCACCGCAUCGGUCGUAGCGGUCGCUUCGGCCGAAAGGGUGUCGCCAUCAACUUUGUCACCAGUGAGGAUGUUCGCAUUCUCCGUGAUAUUGAGUUGUACUACUCGACCCAGAUUGAUGAAAUGCCUAUGAACGUCGCAGAUCUGAUCUCCUAG